GCCCCCCGUCUCGCCGCAUCCUCACCGCGCCCGUGGAGGGCCUCGGCUGCCGGUAGCAUGUCUGCCGUGCGCAGGAAGUUUGGGGACGAGUACCAGGCGGUGGGCCCGGCUCGCAGUGGCGCCCGCAGAGAGCGGCAGCGCUUCGUGGACAAAAACGGGCGCUGCAACGUGCAACACGGGAACCUGGGUGGCGAGAGCAGCCGCUACCUCUCUGACCUCUUCACCACUCUGGUGGACCUCAAGUGGCGCUGGAACCUGCUUAUCUUCCUGCUGACCUACACAGUCGCCUGGCUGGUUAUGGCCUCGAUGUGGUGGGGCAUUGCCUACCUGCGAGGUGACCUGCACCAGGUGCAUGAUGACACCUACAGUCCGUGCGUGGCCAACGUGUACAACUUUCCCUCUGCCUUCCUCUUCUUCAUAGAGACAGAGGCCACCAUUGGCUAUGGGCACCGCUACAUUACUGAGCGCUGCCCUGAGGGCAUUGUGCUCUUCCUCUUCCAGUCGCUGCUGGGUUCCAUCGUUGAUGCAUUCCUCAUCGGCUGCAUGUUCAUCAAGAUGUCCCAGCCCAAGAAGCGAGCUGAGACCCUCAUGUUCAGCCGUGCUGCAGUCGUCUCACAGCGGGAUGGCAAGCUUUGCCUCAUGUUCCGUGUUGGCAACCUCCGCAACAGCCACAUGGUGUCUGCCCAGAUCCGCUGCAAGCUGAUCAAGUCCCGACAGACACCGGAGGGAGAAUUUCUGCCGCUAGACCAGUGUGAACUGGAUGUUGGAUUUGGAACUGGAGCUGACCAGCUGUUUUUAGUUUCCCCAUUAACCAUCUGUCAUGAAAUUAACUCAAAGAGCCCCUUUUUUUGUCUCUCACAAAGAUCACUCAGAAGUGAGCAAUUUGAAAUAGUUGUCAUCCUUGAAGGAAUCGUUGAGACUACCGGAAUGACGUGUCAAGCUAGGACCUCAUAUACAGAAGAUGAAGUUCUUUGGGGUCACAGAUUCCUCCCAGUAAUGUCCCUAGAAGAUGGCUUUUUCCGUGUCGACUAUUCGCAGUUUCACGCUACGUUUGAAGUCCCCACUCCUCCUUACAGUGUUAAAGAGCAAGAAGAAAACCUGUCCCUAUCAUCUCCUUUGAAUAGUCCUGUCAAUAAUAACCAAACCAGAAGAGAACAGGUUUGUUCACUUGACUGUAUUGAUAUUGCAGGAGAGAAAAACAGGCUCCCUUUUAAACUUCAGAAGAUUAGCUCAAGAAAGGAAGACCUUCCAACAAGAACCCUGAGAAUGAGUUCUAGUAACACAGAGAAGACUUGCAGUACUGGAGAUCUCUUGAAAAUUCAAGAAAUAAGUCCCAUUUCUGAUGGUGAAGACAGUGAUGAGAGGAUACAGCUGAAAGCCUUAAAAAUAAAUGCCAAGGCUUUGACUCAGUCUACUGUCGACCUCAAGUUACAGAAGAACCCUCCAAGUAUGUGCGCUUUAGAGAUGAAAUUGGAAGAUAAUUUUCCUGCCAAACUUCAAGAAAUGAACUCUGAUCGCCUCUCUUAAGAGCAGAAGCAACAGGAGUUGUUGCUAAUGAACUGCGUUCGAGACUGCUGACCUGAAAGAGUUGUCUUACAGUCAAGUGAUAAUUUGGUUUUGCCACUUUCAGGAACAACAAUCCUUUUUGUAUAAUU